GUGCUUUUCCAUCAACCCCUCACCUCUAUCGCUACUCUUUGGUUUGUUUCGGUGUCGUCCUCCUCCUCGGACCAUCGCAACCAGAGCAUGUCGACACGGAGGACAUUAUGGCAGACUCUCAGGCGUGCCAAUGAUGUCCUCCACCCUCAUCCGUGGAGGUUAACCCAUGUCUCCUCCAGACAGACACCUCUCCUCCCACGACUCUACAAUACUCUGACCGUCAAUGCUGCCGAUCUUUCCUUUGGUCAGCCUGUCCAUGAAACACACCCUCACCUCCUGCAGCCGGGCGAAUUGACCCCAGGCAUUACCGCGCAAGAGUAUGCCGACCGCCGCACCAACCUAGCUGCUAAGUUGCCCGACAAGGCUAUCGCCAUCAUCGCCGCAUCAGACAUCCAAUUCCGUACUGGAAGCGUCUUCUACGAGUUCCAUCAAGACCCGGACUUUCUCUACCUGACUGGCUUCAACGAGCCUGAGGCGCUGGCUAUCAUCGGCAAGGAUUCCACUGGAAAAGACCACACAUUUCACCUCUUCGUCCGAGAAAAAGACCCCAAGGCUGAGAUAUGGGAUGGCGCAAGAUCCGGUACAAAUGCUGCAAGAGAUGUCUUCAAUGCUGAUGAGACGGGUGACAUUACAAAAUUGAAUCAACUCCUCCCUAACAUACUCGGCGAAGCGUCUGAGGUCUACACGGACAUCACCUCUCCUAAUGCCAACCAAUCCGUGCUGCAGCGAUUUCUAUACGGACAAUCACGCAAAUCUACGACCUUUGCCGAAUUGUUAAAAAAUUCAAAGGUUAAUCGGCUGCGCCCCGUCAUGAACGACCUGCGCGCAUUCAAGAGUGCGGCGGAGAUCGAGCUGAUGCGGAAGGCGGGUAAGGCCUCUGGUCGGGCCCACACCGACGCCAUGAGAAAGACCUGGACACGAGAGAAGGAACUUGACACUUAUAUCCGCUAUCGCUUUGCCGCGAAUGGUUGUGACACCCUCGCGUUCGAGCCAGUCGUGGCCGGAGGUAAGAAUGCUCUCAGCAUCCAUUACAUUCGCAAUGAUGAUGUUUUGCACGACGACGAAUUUGCCUUGGUGGAUGGCGGAGGAAAAUACGGUGGGUACAUUGCCGACAUCACUAGGACCUGGCCGGUAAAUGGCAAGUUCAGCGACGCUCAGCGUGACUUGUACGAAGCAGUUCUCAAAGUUCAAAGAACUCUGAUCUCACUCUGUCGCGGCAGCGCUAGUGUCUCACUUGACAAGCUCCACAGCAUCGCCGAAGAACAACUCAGCAAUGAGCUCCGGCAGAUUGGGUUCGACAUGUCCUUCAAGGCAAUCGAGAGCCUAUUUCCCCAUCACCUCAGCCAUUAUAUUGGCAUGGAUGUACAUGAUACUGUGGGGUAUUCUAGAAAAGUCCUACUUCAGGAGGGACAUUGUAUCACCAUUGAACCCGGCAUCUAUGUUCCGGAUGAUGAACGGUGGCCUAAACAUUUCCGAAACAUGGGCAUCCGUAUCGAAGACAGCGUGAGCAUCCAAGAGGAUACACCGUUUGUCUUGACCACCGAGGCGGUCAAGGAAGUUGUAGAUAUUGAGGCCCUUCGAGCAUGAGAGAGGAAACAUGCUCAAAUAUAUAUAUGUAUACCAUUCUUAUCACCAACUAAAUCAA